ACACAAUCCAUCAUGACGACCAAUGCGCCCACCUUGAUCAACCUGCCACCCCCGCCCUCUGACCCGGGCACGCCCAACGAAGCCCCGGGCACGCCCAACUCGGCCACCACGACCAUGUCAGAGCUCUCUACUGUCGCCAUCAAAGACGGACAUCGAGGACAUUUUCCAAACCACCGCAACCCCGCCGAUGCUGAGCGCGCCGAUCGCAUCUCACGCUUGGCGGGUCUCGAGAGAGUCGCAGUCAGUGGCCGCAACCCCAUGGGCCUUGCUCCUGGCAGCGCAAACAACCCACCGCCAGGCUACUUUGACUCCAACAACCAGCCCCAGAUCUUCCGCGAGCGUAGCACAGUUGGCAGCGCCAGCGCAACUGGCUCCGUUGGAGGUCGCACAACCUGGGCAAGCGACAGCGUGUACGAGCCCGACCGAAUGAGCGAGGACCAGGACGUUGAGACCUCGAGCAUUGGAGGCUUCAGUGACGAGGCUGCUUCACUCGUCGGCUUCGGCGAGGGCGCGAGGACCCCAGCUCGACAACACAGCCAGCUGGGUAGCCCUGCUGUAGGCAAGGCAAGCGCAGUGCCUGGCUACCUCAGAGAGCAAGUACCAGCAAGCCCAAUGACAGGUGUCAGUGUUCCCUCUAGCACCGGAACCAUGCAAUCCUCAUCUUCCACGGAGCAACAAAAGCAAGACCCGCGGAUGAUAAAUGGCAUGACCUACGACGAAGGCAUUGUAGACACGACUCAGCGCGGCGCGAUGACAGGCCAUGGCCCUGGACGAGCUUCGACGACAGAACAAAAUGUCCAGGAGCACAUGCGCCAGCGACAGGCAGAGUCAGAUGCAAUGGACUUUGAGCAGAAAGGGAACUAG